UAAGAGGAAGAAGGACGAGCCUACUAGUUAGUAAGGUAGUGUGCGGUUUUAUUAGGGCCCUCCUGCUUCCGCACUACGUUUCCCGUAAGUCUUUGCCGCACCACAAGAAUGGACGACAAGUCAUGUGGAUGACAAUACAGCCGUGCAUCCGCAGAAGGGCAAAGCUCGGAGAAAGAUGCGGGAGGAGGAGGAGGACGCCGCCGCCAAUCCGGCCAGGAGCUCACGCGUUAUUUUCACGGCCAAGUCCGUAGACGUGGCUGAGUGCGACGGCGCGAAGGAGCAGGCGCCCAAACUGUGCGGUUACCUGAACAAACUCGUCAGCAAAGGGCCUCUGAAGGGAUUUAAAACGCGCUGGUUCGUCUACGACCCGAGGAAGUGUUACUUGUAUUAUUUCAAGACUCCUCAAGACGCGCUUCCUAUUGGCCACAUCGAAAUCGCCGACGCCUGUUUUACCUACGACGUGGAGGGAGAAGAGGGACAGUUCGAGAUUCGCACCGCGGGCAAAGAGUUCCUCCUCAAGGCACCCAGCAGGCAGGUGAUGCAAUACUGGCUUCAGCAGCUUCAGCAAAAGCGAUGGGAGUUCAGUAACGCACGAGGAUGUGGCAAUCGAGACACCUUGUGCUCUCCGACCCCGCUCUUUCCUCACACAGGGCUGGUGGCCAAAGAUGCCGAUACCAUGCCCCCUGAGCCGCCUAAUGAAAGUAUGGAGAGUGUGCGCAGUGAUUUCACAGAGGAGGCAGAUGCUAAUGGCUUGGUUGGACUCCAGACUGCAAGGAACCCAACAAUACAUAAUUUUUCACUUCGACACUGGGGCGCUGAGCUGAGGAACAGUAUGUCUCAGUUGCGGCCUGGCCGAGGAGGAGAGAACAGACGCAGUGUAUUUUAUACAGCCAGUAAUGAGGAGUGGGAGAUGGUGGAUCCCCCCACUAAAGACACUCCAGAGCACAUAGCUUCAGCUGAGAGUCAGCGUCGUGAGAGCCCUUCACACCUCCACAGACACUCUAUUGGCUCGGCAUUCACAUUUGAUUUCCGGAGCUCAUCACGUGUUAAGCGUCCAUUCCAGAUGAACUUGCCUAAAUCAAGCCGCAGUGCAGAGACGCUGGAGUAUAACGGCAAUAAGGCCAUGGAGCUGCAACUACGUCUGCAGAGCCAACAGGAGGAGUUGAGCCGCAUGCAGGAGGAGCAGAACCACCUUCAAGAGGAGCUCAGCAGUCAGAAGGAGCUGGUGCGUCUCCUCCAGCAGACUCUGAGGACUGCUCAGUGUGAGCGCUGGUCAGGGGACAUGGACAUGGCCGGAGCAUUGACUGAGCGAGAUGGCCAGAUCCAGUCCUUAUGUGGACAUAUGGAGAGACUAGCGCUGGAGAAGGAAAGCCUACAGCAGGAGCUGAAGAGCCUAAAGAUCAAAGUGGGAGAGAUUAAUGAUCAGUUGGGCAUGCUGAUGGAGACCAUCCAGGCCAAAGACCAGGUGAUAAUGAAGCUGUCACAGCAGGAAGGGAGCACUGAAACAAAUGAGUGCAUUUCUCCUUUAGCACGGGAAAGGCAAGAGCUCAACCUCCUGAAGGACAGCCUUCAGGGCUACAAAUCCCAGAAUAAUUUUCUGAACAAAGAAAUACUUGAAUUGACAGUUUUACGAAGAAAUGCUGAAACUAGAGAGAAGCUCUUAGAGGCAAAGUACAGUGCUCUGGAGGCCAAGAUGUGCCAAGUCGAGAGCAAGUACCUUGUGCUUCUGCAGGAGGUUAAGACUCCGGUGUGCUCCUUACCUGAGCAGAGCCCAAGCGGAGAUGUCAUAUCUAGACUGCUGGAGGAUGCGCUGCAAGUGGAGAGCUCUGACCAGCAGGAGCACAUGAUUCUCAAGCCUCAUCCUGUCAGCGAGUACGAUGUAUAUGGCUUCAAAACUGUGCCAGAGGAGGAGGAUGAGGAAGAGAAGCUGGUAGCCAGAGUUAGAGCUCUAGAACUCAGGUCUCUCUCCUUGACCGACCAGGAAGUGUCUGUUGGGGUGAAAUGGGAAAACUACCUGGCUAGUAUCAUGAACAGAGAGAUGGUACGCUGUCCAGAGUUAAAGGCUUUAAUCCGCAAUGGUGUGCCUCAUGCGCAUCGCUCCAAAGUCUGGAGCUGGUGUGUUAACGUCCAUGUGAAGAAGAUCCGUGAGUGCCAAAAGCCAGACUACUAUGAGAGCCUGUUGUGCACAGCGAGGAACAAACCUAACCCAGCUUCUAAACAGAUAGAGCUUGACCUGCUGCGCACUCUGCCCAAUAACAAGCACUAUGCUUCACCUUCAGCUGAUGGCAUCCAGAAACUCAGAAACGUGCUGCUGGCUUUCGCCUGGAGAAACCCAGACAUAGGCUACUGUCAGGGACUUAACAGGCUGGCAGCAAUAGCUCUUCUCUAUCUGGAGCAGGAGGAGGCUUUCUGGUGUCUCAUCACCAUUGUGGAAGUUUUCAUGCCACGAGACUAUUACACCAAGACGCUCCUUGGCUCACAGGUGGACCAGCGUGUGUUUAAGGACCUGAUGAGCGAGAAGCUGCCCCGACUUCAUGCUCAUUUUGAGCAGUAUAAAGUAGACUUCUCCCUCAUCACCUUCAACUGGUUCCUGGUGGUUUUUGUGGACAGUGUAGUCAGUGAUAUCCUCUUUAAAAUAUGGGAUGCCUUUCUCUAUGAGGGACCCAAGAUAAUUUUUCGCUUCGCACUCGCUCUUUUUAAAUGCAAAGAAGAAGAGUUUUUGAAGCUGCAGGACCCAAUGGCCAUCUUUAAGUAUCUUCGAUACUUCACAAGAACAAUUCUAGAUGCAAGAAAACUCAUAAACAUGGCAUUUGUGGGCAUGAACCCAUUCCCAUUAAGACAAAUCCAAAACCGUCGCACCUUUCAUCUGGAGAAGGUUCGACUGGAGCUCACAGAGCUGGAAGCCAUUCGCCAGACAUUCCUACGCGAGAGGGAGACUUCCCAAGUUGGACGCAUGCUUAUCAGUGAUGAUGAGGAGGACAACUGAAUACCUGCUGGUCAGCACGUGUGAGACAGAGACAGUUUUAUUUUAGUUUUUUUUAAUUGAGCAAAAAUUUUUAUUAACAAAUGCAGUGUUUUGUGUAAGUGUCCAAGAUUUGGGACUUUCUUCACUUGCUUGCAUUGUGGUCCACAUUAAACAGCCAUUUUAGGUUUAAGAGUAUCUUUCAAUUCUUUUCCUUUUCAAGACUCUUUAGUGAUGGUUUAUUUUAUUUCUUACAGAUCGUCAUAAGUAGUUCACACAUUAAUGAGUAAGAUAAUAUUUACUAGGCAAUGUUUAUCUUCUAUCAUGCUGGACUUGCAGUUCAGAUACACCAGUGUUAUCACAAUUCAAAAAUAUAAAUAUCACUUGUGUUUGUUGAUUUAGUGUUGAUUGUGCUUGUUUACUUAAUUUUUCACACUCACAGCACUGUGUAUUUUUUGUUCUUUUAUUCAUUCAUCUGUAGUAAUUUCCUCCUAUCCUAUCCUAUCCUAUCCUAUCCUAUCCUAUCCUAGGAACACAGGGAAUGACAUGGAAAUGUACCCUGGAUAGGAUCACUCACACAAACGCUUAUGAACACACUUAUUAGUUUAGAGUAGCCAGAAGGCAUGAGGAACAUGCAGAGAAUACACAAAACACAGACGUUAACCUGUGCUCAUGACUGAACCACAUACCCGAGUUGUGUAAAGUGACACCAUGCCACCCAUUCAAUAUUUCAGGUUUUGAUUGUACUCAAUUUUCUUGGUACGUCAUUUUCUGUUGUUUAUUUCCUUCUAAAGCACUUAAAUCACUUUAAAUUGUGGACAUUCAGCUAGUGCAGGGAAGUUGAAGAUGUACUAGGCAGAACUGAGAAUCAGCAAAUUCUCUCCUGUGUGUGCAUAAAGCAUCUGCUGAAGUUCAGUCAAAAUGCCUGUCUACAGCCAUUUGAUGACACUUAGCUGCUGGAAAUCAAUUCUUGGACAAUGCAUAUCAUUUAGCCUGUCAGAGCCACACUGCUUAUUUUCCGCUGGAGUGACAUUUCUUUGUAAACCUUUCUUUGUUGAAGUUUGGAGCAAUCUUCAUUUAUUACAAUUCAGCCAAACAUCCAGGGCUGUUUGUGUUUUGUAUUAUUCAAUGGCUGAGUGGAGCUUUAGUUCAGGGCGAUUGCUGCAUUAUAAGUUCAUAGAACUGAAAACCAUUUGCCAUGUGUUGGUAUGAACAUGACUAACAAGUCUUUGUUUUGGUACUGAUUGAGUGAUUGACGGUUUACCACCCUCUUCCACAGGGAGCAGUAUUUAGUAUUUUCUUUUUAAAUAAUGAUACUUUAUUACACUUUAUCAUUGAUUGACAUUCCAUUUCUCAUGCAUGUUUUCAGUGUUUUAUUAAAUGUAAAAAUCAAUUUACAUGUUAAAGGCCUACGUGAUGAGGGACAAAGAAUGUUAGCUUAUUGCCCUUUUAUAAUGCUGGCCUUAUUUUUGAUACGCUAUUAUUCUUUCUUUUUUUUUUUUUUUACUUUUUGAAUAAUUUUCAAUAUGUCACAUGACGCAUACUUGUAUGAGGUUUUUUGCUUUGAAACAUGGCAGGUACACGUUUUUUUCACAGGUCACCCUCCAGUGUUUUACCUGUUAAUAUAAGAAACUGAUGAGUACUUAACCCUGUGUAUUACAUUUAAAAUUUCUCAGAAAAGAAUGAUAAUUUGACUUUUUAUUCAAAGCUGUGAAUGUUUUGUGGAGAGCAGGUCUCUCAAAAUGCAUUUUUUUUAUUAGAUCUAAAAAUAUCCAGAGUGUACUUAUCAGGGAUAAAGUGACUUCUUUAUAUCUGCAUUCCCAAAAUUGUAAAAAUUUUACUUUUCAUUAAUCUAAUUUGCUGUGUACUGCCCAUGGUAUUUGGCCUUAAAAUGUAACUUUUCUAGUUUAUCUGAUCUUGUAUGUAUUUUAUAUGAAUCCCAGCCUUUUUCACUUCUUUCAUAGAAUAAGCUAGCAUGUCUCAUUUCCAUUGUUUUUUUUUAGAAAUGCAUUGCACUGUGAUGUAAUGUUUGCUUAAAUUCAUAUCCACUACUCCUAUAUACUGUACAUAUGAAAACUGUUAUGAAAAUCUGAACUGAAAAUCAUAUUGUGCAUUUAAAUGAACCAAGCAUUUCAUAAUGUAAUCAUUUUGUCUUGUUUUGCUCAAGUGUCCUGAUCAAUAAACUUUUACUGCCAUAAA